CAACAAACUCGAGUCGUUGGAGGACUGAAGGGGGUCUCAGCAGCCGAAUUAAAACAGAGACAGUUUGCGAACAGUAAAGACAAACUCUGAAUGCAACUUUUGAGUCAAUUUUAGUAGUGAGAGAGAAAAUAAUAUAUUCCAGCUACGUGACGGCAGCGUGUUUCUGAGGGUGUCCGGUUUCCUCAGUCUGAGGGAUUGCGAUGCCCUCUGACUUUAUCUCUCUUUUCAACGGGGACCUCGACCUGAAUUCUUCCAGAUCCUUGUACACUAAAGAGUCAGUGAAUGACCCUCUACCAAGAGAGCUGCAGUUGCCUUUCUCCACUCAGCAGAGGCCAGAAGUCAUGAGUCAAACAAGCGGCGGAGAGGCAGGGCCUCUCCCUUCAGCUCCUUCAGCAUCAGAUGCCAUGUCCUCUUCUCUGACCAUGGAAGGGCUUCGCAGUGCUUUUUCCACCUCUUCCAGCUCCACCAUGCGUUCCAGCACUCCGGCCAGUGACCAGAAACAAGCUCACAACAGAAAUGUUGAUCCCGAAGAUGCCAGAAGUAGCAGAGUGGUACCAGAGAUUGUUGGAGCAGAAGGUGGGAGCGGGAAUGGCAGCAGUGUCGUGAAUGGUCGAAGCAGCAGUGAACUGGGAGGAGGGAGAGGUACUACAUCCCAGGAUGCCCCAUCACAUCAUCAGAUGACUCCAUCUAAGCGCCGCACCAUUCUCAACAUCUCUCCACCUCCACAAGACUUGUUUGAUGACAGCCGCAUGUCCUGCCAGGAUGAAGCACCCCUGGACUCAGAGCAGAGUAACAACAUCUGGAUGGAUGACUCUUUGUCUAACUUUAGUAUGAUGAGUACUUCCUCUUACAAUGACAACACAGAGGUCCCACGGAAGUCCCGCAAACGUACCCCUCGCCAGAAGCCUGGUCCUAAGGUUGUGCUUGCAGCGGAAGCCGGCAUAGAUGUGUUUGAUGCAGACAGUGCCAAAGGUCCACAUUUUGUCCUGUCACAGCUUGGCCCUGACAGCAAGACAGGAACAAAAGGAAGCUCCAAUGAAGUCCAGACACCUAGUCAAAAAGGAGGAACUCUUUCAAUGCAUUUCCCACAGAAGUGUGAUGGGAAGGAGCUGAAGAUCCUCGUCCAGCCUGAAACUCAGCAUCGAGCCCGCUAUCUGACGGAAGGUAGCAGGGGGUCAGUGAAGGAUCGCACCCAGCAGGGCUUUCCUACUAUAAAGCUGGAGGGUGUGAAUGAACCAGUGGUUUUGCAGGUGUUUGUAAGUAACGAUGCUGGGCGUGUGAAACCUCACGGAUUCUACCAAGCUUGCAGGGUAACGGGUCGUAACACCACAGCAUGCAAAGAGGUGGAUAUUGAUGGCACAACCGUGAUUGAGGUGUCCCUUGAUCCAAGCACCAACAUGACACUAGCGGUUGACUGUGUUGGAAUCUUGAAGCUCCGCAAUGCUGAUGUCGAGGCCCGUAUUGGUGUGGCUGGAUCUAAGAAGAAGAGCACACGAGCUCGACUGGUGUUUCGGGUCAACAUCCCCAAUUCAGAUGGAUCAGUGAUCACAUUACAGACUCCCUCGUCUCCAAUCCUGUGUACCCAGCCCGCAGGAGCACCUGAAAUACUCAAGAAGUCACUACACAGCUGUUCCGUGAGGGGUGGAGAAGAUGUCUUCAUCAUUGGCAAAAACUUUCUGAAAGACACCAAAGUGAUCUUUCAUGAGAAUACUUCUGAUGAGAAAUCGUGGAAAGCAGAAGCUGAAAUUGACAUGGAGCUUUUUCACCAGAAUCACCUGAUAGUGAAGGUGCCUCCAUACCAGAACCAAGCCAUCACCUCUCCAGUGUGUGUGGGAAUCUAUGUGGUGACGAAUGCUGGGAGGUCCCAUGAUGUUCAGCCAUUUUCUUACACUCCAGAUCCAGUGGAAAAUGAUGUUCCUGUGAAGAAAGAGUUGCCCUCUCCAGUGAAGACUUGUUCUUUUGAUGAGCCAAUUAAAGAUGAUGUCUUGAUGCCCUCUAUACUGCCCUUAGUGAAGAGAGAAGAUGUCACUCCAAUGGAGGUGACAAGCAACCUUCAGUCAUCUGCAGUAUUUAAGACAGGUGACCUGUGUGCAACCCAGCAAAACUCGGAUAGGACAGUGGCACAUCUUGAUAAAAACAGAGCAUUCAACAGUAACCUGCCUCAGCCUGCAGGUGAUCCUGACAAAGGUCAGGCUGCUGCUUUCACCAACACAGAGCCUUUAAGCACCAUCCAGAAACAGGACAUUGCUGCCAGCAACUCCUUCUCCUUACCUGCAGAUUCCUUGCUCCCACAAGGAUCACAGCAGUUCCUCUUAGACCCCAGAGAUGGUCUUGGGCAAGAAAGGCCAGUUAGUAAUUCUGGAGGGGUUGGGAGGCUGUGUGGGGAACCUGCACCCCAGCAGCAGCAGCUACCACUUUUUCCUCCAGAUGAAGUGGCCCAGCUAGAGGAGGCAGUGAGGCAACUUAAAGCUAAAGGAUUCUGUAACUUACCACUUCAAUCUGACAACUCCAUAACCAAACAACAGCGGCAACAUAUCCAGCACCAACAACAAAUCCAAAAUCAGCAAAUCCAGCAGCAACAACAGAAACAAAUCCAGCAGCAACACCUUCAACAGCAGCAGGUGUUGGAGAAUUUGCAGCAGCAGCUUUUUCAGUCUCAGAUUCAGAUACAGUGUAGCAUGUUUCAGGAUACUUCCCAAGGGAAGAAUGUACAGCGCCAAGGUUCACCACAAGGGGUUGUGACAAACCAAGCAUCACUGUUCCAACUGGAUCAACAGCAGCAGCAUAAUCAUCAGCAGCAGCAGCAACAAGCAGCUCUGUUCCAGCAGGCAAAUGAACUUUGUUCUAUGCAGACCAACUUCCUCCAACAGACCCCCACUCAUUCUUCACCACCCAUAUUCCAGAAUCCAAGCACUUUGGCUGAAUCACAAGAUCCACAGGGGGCUCUGUUUCAGAAAGCCUCCCAGGAGCAGGUCCAGGCUGCUCUUUUCCAAAACACCAUGACAGUGCUACAGUCUCCAGAGCAACAACCUUCAACCCCUGGACUUUUCCUCCCCCAAACAUCCCUGCCUGCUCAGCUUUCAACCAGUAGUUCUCAACAACAACAGCAACAACAGCUGGCUUUCCUUAGUGCUCUGCAAUCAUCCUCUCCAGACCAGCGAUCAGUGUUUCAGACCCAAGCACAGAUGUCCCCUAUCCAGCAAAGAAGUCCCAUGGAGCAACAACAACCCUCCCAGCCUCAGUCCCACACACAGCCAGUCCAACAAGCAUCCCUGUUCCAGACAAUGUCCCCACAUUCAUCUCCUAACACACUCUCUCCAGGCCAACAUCAGCAACAGCAGCCUGGCCUGCUGUUUUGUAGCAAUGCCCUGUCUCCACAACCCCAAGCCUCCACCCUCCUGUUCACUUCCCAAGGCCAGAUGCCUCCCCUGACCAGCAGUGGUCUAGUUUCACCAGAGCCCCAAAACUCCUCUAUUCCCUUUUCCCAAGCCCGUGUGGUUACAGUAAACCAGCAGAGUCAGCCUGAACCCAUGGCUUUAGGGAAUCCCACUCAUCCACAGCAGCAAGUCAUGUUCCAGGAGCAGCAACCCAUGCAGCUGGGUGGAAGCACCAACAAUCGACAGGAGCAGCCCGUGGGUCUCUUCAUGCCUCAGCCCAAUAUGGCCUCUCUGCAGGGAGGACUAGCUGCGCAGGAGCUUGCACAGUCAGCUAUGUUUGCCUCACAGAAUGGUGUGGCAAACCUUCAGACAACCACCUCCUCCUCAGUCCAACAGCCAGAAACUCUGUUUCAAAGCGCUGUGAGUGGAAGUAUCAACCGGCCCAACCCACCUCAGCAACCUGGCCUGUUCAUUUUUGGUAUUCAGAAUGAAUGCAACCAGAUGAUGAACACUUCUGGAAACACGCUGUCAGAUCAGAUAAUAGCAAUCAGCCAAUCUGGUCAGAACCAAAGAGAGAGCGAGGCUCACAUCCAGUCCCUACUCAACCAGUCCCUGUCUCAGUCCAGGACGGCGCAGAACAGCAUGUCUGCCUCUCAGAACAUGGAGAAGAUUGAUGACCUGUUGGUCAGCUUGCAGGAAUCAAACAGCAACCUCACGCGUUCAUAUUAACCUUCAUACAGGUUCCAGGAUUUGUCUUUUAUUUUUCUUUACUGUAGAUACCUUAAGUAAUUCUAAAAUGUACAAAAAAAAAAAAAUCCAAAUGUUGUCUGAUGACAUUUACAUGCAGGAAAAAUAAGUUAAUUUGUGCUAUGAUAUAUGGUCACUUAAUGAUUUUCUGCUGCUUCAAUGUCAAGGGUUUAUUUGGAAAGAACUGUGAGGCAGAGAAAACCAUUUAAAGGGCUGCCCGUCUUAAUCAGCAAGUCUCUUCAGGCACAAAUUACUGUGAUUAUGACGACAAAUGGAAGGAUUUUUAUAUCCAGCUAAAUACACAAGGAAUUAAGUUUGGAAUUUCUGGCUCUGCAGGUUGACCAAGAAAAUUGAACGUCUCUUUUUGUAACUUAAUGACAAACUGACUUCCUGUUAAAGCUCAAGUGAAGAGACAGACUCCAGGCGAGCCUGAUCACAGGAGUGGAAUUUGACUGUUUUUCUUUAGCUUUCCUUCUGGAAAGACAGUAUAUUUAACAGGCUUUGAAUUAAUCAAACUUAUUUUUUUUUUUAUCUCCUAGUAGAUCAACAUUGAUCUUUUCCAUCUGACAGCUCUUGUAAUGUUUUUUUUUAAGUAUCCUUCUAAGUGUUUAGUGGUUUCCAUGAGUAGUGUUUCAUUUUCUUUCUUUGGAACGUUAUGUGAUGACAGGAAGGUUUGAAUAGUGUUGGGUAUGUAGGGCAAAAUAUAAAGGUAGCUGCAUUUGAUGUUCAGAAAGCAUGCUGAAAGAAAGAGAGUGGUAGGGGAGGCAAAGUAAUAAUUUAGAGGAGCGGUAGAAAGUAGUGUAAUAAUUUUAAUAUGAGGUGUUGAUUACUUUAAUGCUGAUGCAACUGGCUCACACCUGAUGAUGGUAAGAAAUUCAGUCUAGAUCAGGGGUCUCCAACUCCGGUCCUCGUGAGCUACUGUCCUGCAGGUUUUAGAUGUCUCCUACUGCAACACACCUCUGCACAAGCCUGUUAAUGAACCAGUGAUUUAAGUCAAGUGUGUUGCAUCAGGGUAGAAUCCAAAACAUGCAGGACAGUAGCUCACGAAGACCGGAGUUGGAGAUCCCUGAUCUAGACUGAUACAACUCUAACUUCUCAUCAAGGGUACAGAACAGUAUCUUAAGUAAUGAUGCUUUCUUUAUUUUUCACUUUCUUUGUUUACACUGAAGAAAAACAUUGUCUUAUUGUUCAGAAAUUGUCAUUACUGUCCUGUAUCUGCAUGGCAGCAGCUGUGUGGGCAGUAACAAUUUAAACAUGUGUCCUCCAGGGUGUCCUUUAAUCUGACAUAAUUCAAUAAGUCACAGCCAUAUUACGCUAUUAAUUACACAAAGCCUAAAACAUAUAUAUAUAUAUAUAUAUAUAUAUGUAUAUAUAUAUAUAUAUAUAUAUAUGUAUAUAUAUGUAUAUAUAGCAGGACAAAUGAAACAACAAUAAUAGAUUUUCAUGAAGAAGUGUGACUUCAUUUUUUAUUAAGCUGUAAAUUAAUAUAUGAGCUUCUAGCAUAGAGAGAUGGUAAUGUAGUUAAUUAUGAAUUUUAUGAGCAGAGUUGGAUCAUUUUAUGUUUUCAUGUCAUUUUAAUGACAUCAGCGUCAGGCACGCAUGAACUGGAGUAGUACUCUUAAACCAGUUCUAUUAAUGUUCUCUUACCAGUUUUAUAAAUGUGACAUAUUUAGUGAGGAGAAGCAAAUAGUUUAUUAGCCUCACAUGCAGAUCUUGUCCAGGUAACGGUGUUAAACAUGCAGGAACAGAGCUCAUUUUACACGUUUUAAGUUUUACGAACUUAAAUGUUUUUGUUAGCAGGUGGCCCGUGGCCUCAGGACCAAAGUUUGACUCGAAUCUUGCUUUGUAUAAAUCUUUAUUAGAGGCCAGUUUUAUGGCUUGUGAACAUUUAUCUUCUUUUUACUCAUUUGCCGUUUCAAGAUUCUCAGUUUUGUUUUUUGUUGUUUAUGUUUUGUCUGGCCAUCACACUUUUCCGUCUGUGAGUUUGUUUGUCUGUGUGUUUGUGCUUUUGUUUUUAAUUUAGUUUUGUAAAAGUUUUGUAUUGUGUAGUUUUAGUGCAAGUGUACACACGAACAAGGGGCUGGUCUCUGACGGUAAUUGAAAUUACCUCCGUUUUAUGCCUCAUGUUGUCUUGUUUUCUAUGUACGCUUUUGUUAUAAAUACAUUUGCACCGUUACAUUUAAUAUUCACUUUAAAAUCAGAAAUAGCUGUUAUUUUAUUAUGGAGAUUCUGUGAAUUUGACCUACAUGACUUGUGUGUGCAGUGCGAGCAGUUUGAGUGGUUUUUAAAGGGACCCUACUCCUGAAGGUUACCUGACUUUGGAAAGAGGAACUAUCUGAGAGUGACUUUCUUCAACUUAUAAAAUAGAUGAACUAAUAUUUCCAGUGUUGCGUUUUUAUGAUUUUAUUUGCUUUUGUUUUUUGUUUAUAGAAAGACUUAUGAUAUAUAUCUCUAUCUAUAAAUAUUCUGUCAGUUCUUCUUGAGAUUGUUUCCCAUAAUCAUAGUUGUGUUUUUAAUUUUUCCUGAUGACAACAAUGUGAUUUGGCCUCCUACUCUUGCUGAUUCUUUAACACCUUUUAUGCAAAGGGCCCCUGCACUGGGACCAGGCUGCCCGUUCUGACUGAAAUACAUGUAGCUGUGUACCACUGUGCUUUAUUUCUGUCGCAUCAAAUCAGGCUUAGUUACAUCAGUGUUUACUGACUCGUUGUUUAUAUAUAUAUAUAUAUAUAUAUAUAUAUAUAUAGACUUAGAGGUUUUUGUUUUGAAUAAAAACGUUUUUUUAAUUCUCUGGCCUGUUGGUAAGGAUAUGGAAACUGGAAGUCCAAUAAGUGCCUGUUAUCAGUCUCACAGUCUUUUGCCUGUUACUAAGCUUGGGGAUAUUUUUUAGUGGAAUGUAAAGGGUUAACCAGCUCCUCAUGAUGUUGGUGGAGGUGUCUUUUCAUGUAGACAAUUAUAUAAUUCAGACACUAUGAAUAACAAGUACACUACUGUGCAUAAAAACUCCUUUAGAUUUACCACAACAAUGUACACAUCACAUGUAUGUUCUGGGCUAGAAUAAGUCAUUUUCAGACCAAAUAAUUAACAGCAGGACAAAGUGGUAGCACACUGUUGGACCAACAAAUUUCAGUAAUUUUUUACAAUGACUAUAGUACUCAAUGUGAUUUAGCAAAAGUAAAAGUCUCUCUUAGAUUCAGAAUGUUUUUGAAUGCACAUACUGGAAAGGUAAUUACUUUUUUAAAUUACAGUUUCUUCAUUUGUGUAUUUUCAAGUUAAGUGGAGACUGUGGAUGUAUGACUUAUAUUACAGUCAUUUCUAACGGUAAGGAGAGAGUCUGUAAAAGUUAUCAUAUAUUUCUCUUUGUCAGAACGUUGCAAUUGAACAAGAUGUGGGUUUUCUUUUUAACAUUCACUUUUAAUUUAAGGCCAACAAGCUGAGUCACACACCUUCAGAUGGUUACAUUUUUCCUAAAAUCUUGCAUAUGACACUAGUAGAGAUUGUACAUGUCACAACCAACCUGAGAGUGCUUUAUUGACUUGACAGCAGUAACCAGAUGAAUGUGGUUGUAGUGGAUAAAUUCGUUGUGCAGUUUCUGUAGGAAUCUUGUUUUUACUUAAGUAUACUUUGCAUUUAUGUUAUUCCAUGUAGGUGCAGAACAUUUUUCUCUGAAACUGCCAUGCAGCUAAUUUACUUUAACAGUAGACCUUUUUGAAUAUAUAUUUUUCUAUAUAGCCUCACCAGUUUUUAUCAUGAAGGAGAAUUCAAAAUAGAUGUUUUUCUGUUGCUAGUUGGAAAAACAAAAAAAAGAGUUGUUAUGGUUUGUGUGCCACAUACAUUCAAUGUUAUUCUUUUAGUAAAAAGCUAAUUUCUCCUCUCAACAACGAUCAAAGACAUGGAUUUUUUUUUUUUUUUUUUGCUUAGUUUCAACAGAAACAUGGAUCGCUCAUUGUUUGCUUUCUGGAUUACAGUUUUGCUUAUUGGGUUUAUGUUGCUCUGUCAAUACUUAAGUUGAAUGCUUCUUCUAAAGCAGUUGUUCUACUCCUGAUUUCUCUCAGGUUAUCUCAAGUUUUAAAGUGUUGUCAUAUCAGUAAGAAAUCAGCAACAAAUGUACACCAUGUAGAAGAAUAGUAAACAGGCACUAUGGACUAGAAAAUUCUGCUAGAAAAAUAAUUUGUGCUCAUUAUUUCUUAUGAAAAACUAUUAUUUUACUCUACACUUCUGUAAAAUCUUUUUUCCUCACAAUUAUUUAAUAAACAGCCAAAAGGGG